AUGAAAUUUAAACGAAGUCUAGACGUGCGGCUGAUCGCCCUGUGGAGCACUUGUAUACUGGUCCCGGCUAUCGCUUGCCCCUCCCAGUGUGUUUGCAAGUGGAAAAACGGCAAACGAUAUGUCGAGUGCACCGACAAAGAUUUAAAAGCAAUCCCCGAUUCGCUAGACUCCGAAACACAAGUACUAGACUUCACGGGCAAUGAUUUGCAAGUCCUACAAAAGGAAGCAUUCCACAAACUCGGCUUAUUAGACUUACAGAAAAUAUAUCUCCAGAGAUGUCGGUUGCAGAAAAUCGAUAACUUCGCCUUCAGGGGCCUCGCCAAUUUAGUCGAGUUAGAUCUAUCCAAUAAUUACAUCACAGUCGUCCCAUCCAGCAACUUUGUCUUUUUUCCAUCCCUAAUGAGACUCUCUUUGAACAACAAUCCUAUAACGAAUAUAAAAACUCACUGCUUCCAACAUCUGUCCUAUCUGAAUACAUUAGAGUUGAGCAAUUGUAAAAUUGAAAGUAUAGAAGCGGAGGCUUUCGCUGGAUUGAAGCACUUGGAAUGGCUCCGACUGAAUGGUAAUAGGCUAUCAAAUAUUCAAGGCGAUAAUUUGUUUCCCGAUACGUUGCGGGGUAUCGAUCUGGAGAGUAAUAAUUGGAAUUGUGAUUGUCAUUUGCGAGAUUUACAUAGCUGGCUAUCGAGUUUCAAUAUGCCACACGCUGUCGAGCCAAUUUGCUCGCAACCUGAGCGGCUGAAAAAACGCACAAUCACAAGUGUCGAUGAAUUCGAUUUAGCGUGCUUGCCAAAAAUUACCCCAACUCUAUCGUUUAUAGAGACGAAUAUUGGAAAUAAUAUAACCCUGGAAUGUAUAGUCAAGGCUGUGCCCGAGGCAAAAGUACAAUGGUUUUAUCAAGGACAACUUAUACGUAAUUACUCGACGUCUGCCGCCGAGCCUCACCAUGUUUUCUACGUUGAGAACGGAGUUAUCGACAAAAAAAGUGAACUGUACAUUUACAACAUCGGUAAUGAUGAUAAUGGAACCUACUCUUGUAUUGCCGAGAAUUCGGCUGGAAGAAUUCGAACGAAUUACACAAUUAAAAUUCUUAUUAAAGAAGAACCAGUUGUCAUCGUGGUUACAUUUCCCCAUAGACACUUAGUAGUGAUUAUAACAGUGAUAUUUCUAAUAAUUGUCCUUUUUAUCGUUAUAAUAACGGUUGUGUUAUUAAAAUUUAAAACGGAUACGAGAAGUCGUAAAAAGAAGGAAAGUGGGAAGGACGUCGCGUUAUGUAAUCAAAUUUUGCCUUCUAGUCGAGGUAAUGGCUCUUUGCCCAAAAAUAACGGCAGCGUUAUAGUGAACGCACAUUCGCACCACUCAUUGCAUUAUACAGUGCAAACAAACCGAGAAUUCGAGUCGAACGACACGUAUCAAAGCAAUAACAUGAAAGGCUUUGUAGACAGAAAUCCCGACCUAAUUAGCGAUGCGGAAACGGUUGCAAACAACGCUCAGAAUGAGAAUACAGCGUUAUCGGUGUACAAAACGCAAACCGCAUCCGACGCCUUUGAGGAAGAGACUGCCUUUACUGCCCCAUCCGGACAAAGACAGGUCACCUGGCAAGACCAGCAAACCGCUAACAGUAUGAGCCUUCCACAAAACGCAAUGUACCAACAUUCGGCCGACGUUCAUCUUAAUCCUGGCUGCUUUUUAGACAGUGAUGGGUAUCCUUUUGACUACGGCCUACCUAAACACCCAUGUCGAGCGCCAAUGUUGUCUAAUUAUGCCGUUGUCGGCCCCUUUUACCAAACACUGCCUCAUAAUCGGCCAAAAGGUCAAAAGCUCGCUUGUAAGUUCACUAAAGACACAGAAUUUAACGUGACUCCGCCCCCUUGUGGUAACUUCGAAAUGUUUAACGGGACAAAUGUGCGACGUACUUUAGAGGGAUACCCAGUUCCUCGCAACCGCCAAAUUGCUUUUGUAGGAAAUGGGACUGUGUAUUAUAAUGAAGAAUUCGUGCCUUCGCCGCCCGAAGGUUAUAAAACUGAAACAGUGCAGUGUUGCGCCACCCAAGAGCCAUGUGCGGCUUGGAACCCGAAAGGAACGUGUGCUGUUAUGGUUCCAAUGGGAAUAGAAGCGCCCGGUAGGUGUUACCAAGUCGAAACUAGGUGUGUAGAUACCCAAACAUCAGAUACACGAGUACCGGGGGAAGGUACGGAAAACGUUCUAAAACCACUGCCACAAGUCGCUAAAUGUGCGUCUGAUAUAUGUUCGGAAAGCCCUGACGAGGGGUAUGUGGGGGACGCUAACGACAUCUGA